AUGACAAACACUUUACCCAGCAUUCCAAACUACACCAUCACCGAGCCGAUAAAGGAGAUACCUGUGGGUUGCGUUGCAAGAGCACAGUCUCACAUGGACGGCUCAGAACACUGCUGUGUUAUUAUAAGAUAUACGGAUAUGGUCCCUGCUAAUUAUACUAGGCUAAUGAGCUUAGUAUCCAUAGUAAGUGAGAUGCGCCAUCCAAAUAUAUGCACGCUGCGAGAAUACGUCCUCAAUGUUGACGAGAAAGUGCUCUGUAUUAUUGUGGAAGACUAUCCUGGACGGUCUCUCCUCGAUCUUGUGCGCGGAAACAUCUUUCUAUAUAACUUUGACCCGUGGGAAAUUACGCGAAUAGGGGUUGCUAUUUUAGAUGCACUAGAAUACCUACACAAUCCCUUUACAACGGGAGGAUCCAUUGUUCAUCUGGGUGUUUCUCUGGAGCAUAUCUAUGUGACACCCACUGGGGUGCCUAUGUUGUCAAUACUGCCUCUCUUUUGGUCUUUGGGAUUGAAUAAGAUAGUCAACUAUGCACCUGAUCUUACUCUGUACCGUUCUCCACAGAUUCUCAGGAGCACCCCCUUUUCCAGUCUUGCGGAUAUCUGGUCUCUUGGACUCGUACUUUACUUUCUCCUACAAGGUGAGGUUUUGCUCACGAAUGACAACGUUUCGUCGAUCGUAUUUCGUGCAGAUUUUCCUGUGUUUACUAUCACAGGACCAGCUCCCCUGCAGACAACUCUCACACACAUGUUAUCCAAGGACGAGGAUUCUCGAGUCACUGCUCGCGAGCUUCUCCGAUACAAGCCUUUCUUAGACUUGGAUGAAAACUCUAUUGAGCAGACACUGUCUCUGCCGUUUCCCCGACAGCACAUUACAGCCCCUUCCGUCCAGUCUCAAUCCGCAUCGUUACUUGUUUCAAGCAAGCAGCAAAGUGCACAGCGCGGAAGGGACACUCAAACUACUUCUAGGACACCAGCUAUGUUCAUGCAAGAGGGCAGGGUGCGUAGCAAUCUUAUAGAUGCAGUCGUGGCAGGUGACACCGCACGGUUUAAAGAGCUUGUCAGCCUUGAGAGCACACUUGUCGACGACGUGGGUAGAACGGCACUAAUGUAUGCUGCAUUUCUUGGCAACUAUGCCAUGGCCAAACGGUUACUGAAGUUGGAAUGUAGGCGUCGGGACCAUCACGGGUGUACUGCCCUGUAUUACGCUGCCCGUGGAGGCCACAAGAGCAUUGUAUCUCUUCUCCUUCCUCUAGAAAAAGGGAUUUACUGUCUCCACGGACUCACUGCUUACAACUUGCUUAUAAAAGAGCAUGACUUUCAAGCUGCGAAGCUUCUUGUUGCUGCAGAGUCUCCGUGCCGCACUGAACUAGGCCUCACGGCACUGAUGGUUGCUGCCACAGACAAUGACAUAGAAGCAGUGGAGUUUCUACUAAACUAUGAGGCCAAUCAAAAAGACAAGUAUGGAUGGACAGCGUUGAUGUAUGCAAUUAAGUCAAAUAGUUGCUACGUGCUUCAGCAACUGGUGGCUUCUGAAAAUAAUACGUUUACCGCAGACGGUGUCACACCGCUCAUGAUUUCGGCAAGUGUUAACAAUGUGCCCGCGCUGACUGCCUUGAUUCCUUUACAGAGUGGUAAGACAGAUACUCGUGGCCGGACAGCACUUAUGUAUGGCGCCAUGAAGGGGUCGGUGGAGGCAACAGAGCUUAUGGUACAAGGGACCCAAGAGCUAGGUGCUCAAGAUACCAUGGGAUUUACUAGUCUCAUGUAUGCUGCCGUCAAUAAUGCUAUUGCACUACUGCCAACUCUGCUGUCGGGUGAGCGCUGCAAGCGAGACAGAGAGGGGAAGACCGCCCUAAUGCACGCUGCGAUUGCCGGAAACGCUGAAUGCGUUAAGCUGCUACUUCUUUCAGAGACAGGAGCGAUAGACAAUGACGAUUACACCGCACUAAUGCGUGCCGUUGAAAAAGGACACAGGGAGGUUGUGGAUCUCCUCCUGGAGGCCGAAGGGGGGAUACUCACCACACGUGGGACAGCUCUGAUGAUAGCUGCAGAGGUAGGAGAUCUGUACUCCGUGCUUCACCUAAUUCCGCAAGAGGCGAAGAUGCAAAGGAAGUCUGGAGAGUGUGCGUGCAUGCUUGCCCUCCAAGCAAAUAACCUUUCUGUUGCCAAGGAACUCUUAGUUCAUGAGGUGCAUUUACACAACAAAGAUGGAAAGGGUGUGGGGUAUUAUGCGACCACGACCGAGGCAAAGCUCCUGGUGGAAGGCUACCGCGGGCGCGUCAAUAUAGAGGGGGCAGCGAAGCAUAUCUUCGGCUAG